AUGGCAGCGAUCGAACCUACAGCAAAGCAAAAAAUCGUCAAGCUUAUUCCAGCCUUAACGAGAAAUGGCGACGAAUUCCUCGAUGAAAUAAGACUCAAGGAGCUUAAGCUACUAUGCAGGGAAUCGGACGAAAACAUAAAAACCGCUUAUGACUGUAUUCUAACUCAAUUAAACGCACGGAGCUCAAGGGUACGGUACUCUACGAUGCAUUUGCUCGACGUACUGUUUACACGAUCCAGCUAUUUUCGGAGGUUAACCGUGGUCGACAUACCGAAAAUCCUCGAGCUUACAGCAGGCAUUAACGGAAAGAUCUUACCUCAGCCAGCAAAUUUUGCCAGAAAACUUAAAGCCUUGUGUGUUGGUUUAAUUAAGCAAUGGCAAGAAAAGUUCGGUUCGACAUAUAUGCAGUUAAGCUUAGCAUCUGAUUACUUGAAGAAUAAUGCGAGGGUUUAUACUACUGACGCCAAUAUUAUUACUCAUUCCGAUCGUAUUCACCAGAUGCGAAUAGAAGAGAAUCGAGCAAAGUCUGCUAGAUAUUCGAGAUUGUUGAGGAUCGAAGCCGAGAUGCAAGAAAAAAGUAGCGAUAUUGUCGAGAACCUUAGCAUAAUGGGUAACAGCUUUGAAAUCCUAGUACCGAAGCCGAUGGAAGACGUACUGUCGAAUACAGACACUUGUAUUGACUAUGACAAUUCCCAGCCGACGUACAAAGAAGUAAGCAGUGAUGGUAAUCCAUUAGCGUCUUUGUUGCGUAAACGGAAAACCAACACAUUAUCUUCUCGUAAGAUUGCAGAAACGCAUGGCUUAGGUUCCGUUCGUUACGAGUUAACAAUAACUCUUUCGUCUCAUAACCCGGUUGAUGUUUCGGAGACGUUUGAUAAUGCCAUCGUAUAUGAAAAUCUUCGGGCCUCUUAUAAAUUGAUGCUGAAACAUUUGGAUUUUGUAUCAAAGUGGCUUACAGAGCUUAUGAAGUUGGAUGUGGAGGAUGACAAGAAGCGUGAAGCGCUUAUGAAAGAAGCGAUAGAUUUGAAGAGAGCCCUUGAGACGGCAAAAACAAAGAGUGAGGAGUUACGUGUUCAUGACGGAGUUACGAGAAUAGCAAGCGACUCGGACGCCGAUUCCGACUUUGAAGAAGUAGUAAUACCAGAAUUUGUUCAAGGAAAAUCGACAAGUGACGUUGGCUCGUCCUUGGCAAGAACAACGCAACCAUCAGGGACAACAAACCGCGAUAACCGCGCUAGAUCACAAGAACCUUCACUUAACGUAUUUCAAUCUACUAAACUUGACAUACAGCCAUGUCGUGCACCACUAAAAAAUGGACAUUUGUGCCCGCGCCGGGAUAUGAUUCGAUGCCCUUUUCAUGGUAUUAUUAUACCGCGUGAUGAGCAAGGUGUGCCAAUACAGAUGCACAAAACACCAUGUGUAGAAUAUGAGAUUAUACAUGAUGAUGUAUCUGACGAAGAGAAAACACACGAUGAAGAGCCAAAGCACAAACGGUUAAAAUCGCAAAUGCAUCAAUAG